GCUUUUUCCUUCUCUUCUUUGGGUUUUUCACAACCAACUUUUUUCUCUUCACUUUUCUGUCUCAACUUAAUCAAAUUCUCUCUCUGUCUCAUACUGUUUUAAAGCUUUUAUAACCCUUUAUAAAUAUCAGCUUAAACACAAUUGAACCACUAGUAAAACCUUCUAUCUCUCUCAUGGCUGAUAUUGAUCACUAUAACACAAAACCUAACACUAUCACCACCAACUCAACCCUAAAGCUCUUUGGCUUCAACAUUUUAGAAAAUAAUACUGAUAAUAAUAAUAUUUCAAGCAAAUCUCCAUCUGGGUCUCCAGAAUCAGACACUGAAACGCGAAAAUACGAAUGUCAAUACUGUUGCAGAGAAUUUGCAAAUUCUCAAGCACUUGGUGGACAUCAAAACGCGCACAAGAAAGAGAGGCAGCUUUUGAAGCGCGCACAAAUUCAAGCCAGUCGUAAUUUUGCUGCUUCUUACGUUCCCAAUUCCAUGUUCUCCAAUUUCUCGCCUCUUCCGCCGCACCUACUCCCUCCUGCAGUGGUUCCGGCGCCGCCACAAUUAAUACAGCAACAUCAAUCUCCUCCUUGGUUUUACACGACGUCGUCUUAUAUGAGUCGCAUGUCGCAUGCAAGGCCGUCCUUGAUUUCUGGUCCUGGUGAGGGUUUAGGAGUUUAUGCUAGAAUUUCGCCGGAGAAAUGGAGUGAGUUCGCCGGAGAAGAUGGCGGGAAUCACCGGGAUAAGGGAUUAGGUUUGGACUUGCAU